CCUCUCCCUCGGUCCCUCCUAACCAACUUUUGAACUCAAAUCUUAAAGCUGGCUUCUUGAAGUUCGCAAGCAUCAACAAGAAACUUACCAGCUAUCCCAUUUUUCCUGAUAACACUAAUGGCUUCCUCUGUCUCAACUUUUGGAGCAGUUAAUAGAGCUCCGUUGAGCAUGAAUAGUUGCAGCGCGGGAACUUCAGUUCCAGGCACAGCUUUCUUUGGCAAAAGUCUAAAGAAAGUUGCAUCCAAAGUAGUCAGCCCCAGUUAUUCAUCUGGAAAUUUGAAGAUUGUUGCGGAAGGGGACGAGCAGAAACAGACCAAAAAGGAUAGGUGGCAAGGGCUUGUUUACGACGCCUCGGAUGAUCAACAGGAUAUUACCAGAGGAAAAGGAAUGGUGGACACACUCUUUCAAGCUCCUAUGGGUGCUGGCACUCAUGAUCCAGUCUUGAAUUCUUAUGAGUAUAUUAGCACCGGUCUUCGCCAAUAUCAAUUGGACAACAAUAUGGAUGGCCUGUAUAUUGCUCCUGCUUUCAUGGACAAGCUUGUUGUUCACAUUAGCAAAAAUUUCAUGAAUCUGCCAGGCAUUAAGAUUCCCCUGAUUUUGGGCAUAUGGGGAGGCAAAGGACAGGGAAAGUCAUUCCAAUGUGAACUUGUAUUCGCCAAAAUGGGCAUCAACCCCAUUAUGAUGAGUGCUGGAGAACUGGAAAGUGGAAAUGCUGGCGAACCAGCAAAAUUGAUUAGGCAAAGGUACCGUGAGGCAGCAGACAGAAUUUCUAAGGGGAAAAUGUGUGUCCUCUUCAUCAAUGAUCUUGAUGCUGGAGCUGGAAGGCUUGGGGAUACUACACAGUAUACAGUUAACAACCAGAUGGUGAAUGCAACUCUGAUGAACAUUGCUGAUAAUCCCACCAACGUUCAGCUACCUGGUAUGUACAACAAGCAGGAGAAUCCUCGAGUUCCGAUCAUAGUCACAGGUAAUGACUUCUCCACCUUGUACGCCCCUCUCAUCCGUGAUGGUCGCAUGGAGAAAUUCUACUGGUCUCCAACCAGAGAAGAUAGGAUCGGUGUCUGCACCGGUAUCUUCCGAGCUGACAAUGUACCGAGGGAGGACAUCGUGAAACUUGUUGACACCUUCCCUGGACAAUCAAUUGAUUUCUUCGGCGCCAUCAGGUCAAGAGUGUAUGAUGAUGAAGUCAGGAAUUGGAUUGGAAGUACUGGAGUGGAAAACAUUGGAAAGAGGCUGGUGAACUCGAGGGAGGCACCCCCAUCUUUUGACAAACCAAAAAUGACACUUGACAAGCUCCUUGAGUAUGGAAACAUGCUAGUCCAAGAGCAGGAGAAUGUGAAGAGAGUCCAAUUAUCCGACCGGUACUUGAAGGAAGCCGCACUUGGAGAUGCAAAUGAGGAUGCUUUCAAAAAUGGAUCUAUCUAUGGAAAAGCAGCCCAACAAGUUCAUGUUCCUGUCCCUGAAGGCUGCACUGACCCAAAUGCAGCAAACUUUGAUCCAACUGCUAGGAGCGACGACGGAAGCUGCAUGUAUCAGGAUUAGAAACUUUCCGUUUAAGGCUAUUCAAUAUACUAAUUACUACCAGUAUCUUUUCUGCAACUAGUGAUGCGAAUUCUGUUCCAUAUCAUAUUUUAGCAUCACAAAAUUCUCUCGAUAAUUACUGUAUAUCUCCCUACAAUGGCUUUGCAAGAUCAGAUUUUUGCCUUCUAUUUUA